AUGUCGCCUUGGCUGUGUCUCGUAAUGGUGAUGCUGGCGGCGAAUUUUCGCGGAAUAUCGCCCGGCCCGGCUUGCAGGAUCAGCGAAUUUCCCUGCAGGAACGGCCGCUGCGUUCGGCUCAACGCCUACUGCGACGGCACCGACGACUGCGGCGACGUCUCCGACGAGCCGCCAUUUUGUACAGUUUGCAAUCGAACUUAUUACGGGGACGUCGGGAAAACUUACGAAUUGAAAGUAUCGAAACAACCGGAUGCCAAGUAUCCGUUUCUCUGCCAUUUAACCUUCACUGCCAACGGACAAAAUCACGGGGAUAUCAUCCAGCUGAUCUUCGACGAAUUCAAAAUCGGCCGCUACGAAUCGACCGCCCUCGACGGCUGCCCCGACGGCUACAUGCAACUGAGCGAACUCGGCCGCCCCUUCACCGGCGGCAGCUGGUGCGGCGCCGCCGCCGGCCCGGCCGCCUACUACAGCGAAACCGCCACCGUCACCGCCACCGUCAAGCUCUUCCCCGGCGGCGCCGCCGCCGAGCCCGUCCCGUUCGCCUACCGGCUGCGCUACCGCUUCUUCGCCAGGCGCGAGGCGGUCGUGCGCUUCGGCUCGCCGGCGGCGCCGCUCGAACGCGGCCAAAUCGCCCCCGGCACCUACUGCACGCGCCAAUUCGAAGAGUGCUACCGCAAGCCUUGCAGGCUCCAAUCGCCCAACUAUCCGGGCAUGUAUCCGCGCAACGUGUCGUGCUACUGGAGCCUGCGCCAGAAGUUCGUGCCGACGUGCAAGCACGCCAUGAUCUCGGUGCGCCAGGAGGCGGUGCACAAGAUGCAGAUGAAGCGAUCCAUCAACCUGGCCGGCCUGAACAAAACCGAGCGGUUGCUGAAAGCCUGGCGCGAUUGCACCGGCGAACGGGACCAUUUGAUCUUCUACGACGGCGGGUCUACCAACGACGCGGUACUCGCCAAGUACUGCGGCGGCGAUUGGUUGCCGCGCGUCGUCUCCAGAGGGCCCGAGAUGCUGGUAGCCUUUCACUCUUCACCCUUCAGCAUACCCCUAAGAUCCCCGUCGUCGCAGUCGCCGCUGAGGGGAUUCGAGCUGGACGUGGAGGUCGUCUUCGUCGACUCGGAUUCCAUGGAUUUCUCGCGCCACCCCAUCGACUGUCUCUUCUACAUCAACGCCACCAGCCCCGACAGCGACGAGGUGUGGACUGGUAGAGGCCGAAGAGGUCGAUUGUCCAGCCCCAAGCACUCCCUGCCGCCCAACACCACGUGCGUCUACCGCUUCCAAGGCUACCCCGAGGACUUGGUGUGGAUAUCGUUCAUCUCCUACAGCCACAAAGCGCUGUUGCUCGAGGAGAGAAUGGGCAGAAACGACACGUCGAGCUACGGUUGCUCGACUCGCAUCAAAAUCUGGGACGGUCUGAGCGUGAUCGAAGACAAAUGCGACGAGCCGCCGAAGCUGUGCGACCACAGCGCCCUCUCCAACGCCUCCAGGACGACCAGACCGUGCUCCAAAGAUGAGAGCUACCUCACGAUCGGCAGGAAUCUGAUGAUACAGCACUACACCGAGGACGGCACCGCCUUGCACCCGGCCAGCUUCAAGCUCGCCUACGAGUUCGUCGAUACGAAGCUCGCCGGAGAGCCGGCGGGCGGCCGGUGCGAUCGGGUGCUGAGGCGGCAGCACGUCGGCGACGUGCUGUCGCCCAAGAACGUGUUCCUCUUCGGUAGAGGCGGCGCCAAAGACCUGGAUUGCUCGUACAGAUUCGAAGCUGGGCGCGACGAGCGCGUCCGCCUGACGUUCUACAACGCCUCAUUCGGCGGCAACCCCGCCUGCGAGACUGUCGUGGACGCGCACACGGGGAGGCACUCGUGCGAGUUCUAUCCGGGAGGAAGAGUGGCGGAGUUGAGCGUGUUUGAGCUACCCUGGGAGGGUUAUCCGGUGCCGAAGCUGUGCCUCUGCGACAACUCGACGCUCGCCAAUCGACCGCUGGUGUUCGCGUCGGCGUCGCGGACGGUCGAGCUGCGGUUCACCGCCAAAGACAUGAACGUCAGCGACGACUUCACCGUCAUCCACUUCCAUCUGCUGUUCGAGCUGGUCAAGAUGGACGAUUGUUCGGAGGAUCGAAGGUUGGGUGGUUAUGGUGGUGAUGUGAGGCUGGAUUCUGAGGCGUCUUGCGCCGGGAUGCCUUGGUUGGUGGAGGCGCGCCACAAUAGGAGCCUGUUUUUGCUCAGUUGGGGCGCGUUCCUGCCGCUGAAGCCUCGAAUAGAAGAGGCGAUCCGAUGCCCGUCGAGUAACAGGAUAUUGGUGUACUCCGGGCGACCGCCGAAGCUGGUGCGCGUGGUGUGCCCGGCCGAGCCGGGCACGCGCCCCCUCGCCGUGCACGUGUUCAGCGACGAGUGGUGGGGCGAGCCGCCGCCGCGCCGACCGCCCAAUUUCCUGGUCGAGUGGAUCGGCGCCGAGGCGGGCGCGGCCGCCUUCAGCUGGCUGGAGAUAUCGCGGCCGCGCUCGUCGCUGAUGCACCAGCUGCAAGUGCCGGCGAACGCUUCGGGCAACGACAGCGACGCCGCCGGCGGCGGCGAGUGCGCGCACAAGUGCCCCGAGCUGGACGCCUGCAUCGGCGCCGAGUUGUGGUGCGACGGCAAGGACCACUGCCCGUCGGGCUACGACGAGGCGGAGGCGAAUUGCGGCGCCGCCGCCAAGCUGCUCAACGCGCUGCCGUUGGGCGCGGCGGCGGCGGCGGCCGGCGCCGCUGUGGCUUGCUGCGCGGUUUGCGGGGCGGUUUGCGCGGUGGCGAGGCGGUCGCGGGCGCGGCACCGCCGCCGCAUGGCCAAGAAGAAGCUGCUGGCCGGGCCGAAGCUGCUCGACGGUUUGGAUUCCUGA